AUGGUACCUGCAAUUGUAAGAAAAGUCUUCUCCAAAAAUAAACUAAAUGACAACAUUAACACUAAGGUAAAGUUCAUGUGCAAGAAAAAUUUUGGCGGAGUGAAGUUUUUAGAUGGAAAUAAAACCAGUGACGAAUCCAUUUAUUUUAAAAAGGAAGAUGAAGCUUUGUUAAAAAAUUUACUCAAGAACAACCCUGACCUGAAUCCAGACUACAAUUAUACAGAUGUUGAAAAUGGAAUGAAUGAUUUGUCCCACGACCUAUCUAUGGUAUUUUCAAAAUAUGGAAUAAAAGGACUGAAUAAUAGUGAUGCAAUUAAAGAUGUUAUUAAAGUAUUUGAAUUAAAUGGAUAUAGAAAGGUACUGGAUCAGUAA